AUGGGGAGUAAAGCCUGGAUUUAUGAGGAAUCCAAGAUGAAUUUGGAGCAGGAGAGGCCGUUUGUCUGCAGUGCCCCAGGCUGUUCGCAGCGCUUCCCAACAGAGGACCAUCUGAUGAUUCAUAGGCACAAGCAUGAAAUGACUUUGAAGUUUCCCUCAAUAAAAACAGACAGUAUGUUAUCAGAUCAGACUCCGACCCCAACGAGAUUCCUGAAGAACUGUGAGGAGGUGGGGCUCUUCAAUGAGCUGGACUGCUCCCUUGAGCAUGAGUUCAGGAAGGCUCAGGAGGAGGAGAGCAGCAAGCGGAAUAUCUCGAUGCAUAACACAGUUGGUGGGGCCUUGGCGGGGCCCGGAGCUCACCAGCUUGGCAGCACCCGGAUGCCCAACCAUGACACCAGCGUUGUGAUUCAGCAAGCCAUGCCGUCGCCCCAGUCCAGCUCUGUCAUCACACAGGCACCUUCCACCAACCGCCAGAUCGGGCCUGUCCCAGGCUCUCUAUCUUCUCUGCUACAUCUCCACAACAGACAGAGACAGCCCAUGCCAGCCUCCAUGCCUGGGACCCUGCCCAACCCAACAAUGCCGGGAUCUUCUGCCGUCUCCAUGCCAAUGGAGAGACAAAUGUCAGUGAACUCCAACCUCCUGGGAAUGCAAGGUCCAAAUCUCAGCAACCCCUGUGCUUCUCCCCAAGUCCAGCCAAUGCAUUCAGAAGCCAAAAUGAGGUUGAAGGCCGCGUUGACUCACCACCCCGCUGCCAUGUCAAAUGGGAAUAUGAACACCAUGGGACACAUGAUGGAAAUGAUGGGCUCCCGGCAGGACCAGACGCCACACCAUCACAUGCACUCGCACCCACAUCAGCACCAGACGCUGCCAGCCCAUCACCCCUACCCGCACCAGCACCAGCACCCAGCCCACCAUCCUCACCCUCAACCCCAUCACCAGCAGAACCACCCACAUCAUCACUCCCACCUUCACGCACACCCUGCACAUCACCAGACCUCGCCACACCCACCCCUGCACUCCGGCAACCAAGCACAGGUUUCACCAGCGACACAACAGAUGCAGCCGACCCAGACAAUACAGCCGCCCCAGCCCACAGGGGGGCGCCGGCGAAGGGUGGUGGAUGAGGAUCCCGACGAGAGGCGGAGGAAAUUUCUGGAACGGAACCGGGCCGCUGCCACCCGCUGCAGACAGAAGAGGAAGGUCUGGGUGAUGUCACUGGAAAAGAAAGCAGAAGAACUCACCCAGACAAACAUGCAGCUUCAGAAUGAAGUGUCCAUGUUGAAAAAUGAGGUGGCCCAGCUGAAACAGUUGUUGUUAACACAUAAAGACUGUCCAAUAACAGCCAUGCAGAAAGAAUCACAAGGAUAUCUAAGUCCGGAGAGCAGUCCUCCCGCCAGCCCCAUCCCAGCUUGCUCUCAGCACCAGGUCAUCCAACAUAAUACCGUCACCACUUCCUCUGCAGUGAGCGAGGUGGUGGGAAGCUCCACCCUCAGUCAGCUCACCACUCACAGAACAGACCUGAAUCCCAUCCUUUAA